UAUUUAGCGCAGGGCCCUUAAAAGUGUGGGGCCCGUAGCUACUACUACAUAUGUAGCUACUUUUGCUACUAGGACAAUCCGGCACUGAGUGUACGCUUUUUCGCAUUUUAUCAAGAAGGUGCCAUUAGUCAUACAUUUCUUAAAAGAUAUUACUCGGGAAAUUUCCUACAUUUUGUAAACUAUUUACAACUGUUACCUAGCAAGUUCACCCUACUCGAAAGUCUGUGGAGGGCCGUUCACCUUCUGACUCAACGGUGGAAAUUCUACGUCGUUGUAACAGGGGUCAUGAUUAUCGUUGACCUCUCACAACGGUAAUAUUUAUUUUAUCAACUCCAGUGAAACGUUGGGCUGAAUUAACCUUCACCUGGGAUUUGAGUUAGGACACCUGCACGGGCUGCAAGGUGCGUGGAGACGGCAGUGCAGGAAUGGGUUCGGUUCGCAGAUUUCGUCCACUCAUUGGAUUGAUUCUGUUGAUUUAACCUCAUUGGAGUGGGAUUUAACGAGUUAUCCCCUCAUAUAAGUGAGCCUUUCUCUGGCUACUCUUGUAUCCUCCCACAUGAAGCCAAAUAUUCAUAAAUGACACCGACCAAACACCUCAAUGCCAGACCCUACUGAUCCUAAAGGCUCGUUGAGGUUAGUAGAUAUUCUACACUUACACAUGCUUCAGCAAAGUAUGCGUGCAUGCAUAAGCAAUGUCCUGCAUUUGUAACUUACGGGCGUGCAGGAUACAGAGGCAUGCAAAGGUGUUCCAGAGGCUGCUGCAACACAGGAUACCAAAGCUUUGCCAGCACUUGGAGGAGCUGGGCGUGGAGCCUCUCAUGUUCAUCACGCCAUGGUUCCUCACCCUCUUCACAUCGCUUCCGUGCUGGGACACGGUGCUGGCCGUGUGGGACCUCAUCAUGCUUGACGGGUUGAACGUGAUGUUCCGCUUGGGCCUCAGCAUCCUACAGCUGUUGGAGGAGCGCCUUUUGGAGAUGGCUGACGUUUCACAGAUCCUGCCUGCGCUGCUCAGGGUCCCAGCUGACGUGUCGCGCUACGACGUCCUCGUGCCGGCGUUGUGGGGGAGCGAGGUGCACAAGUGGGAGAUUGACACGCUGCAGGCGGUCGUGCAGGAGGAGGAGGAGGAUGAGCUCAUUACGGGAAGAGACACGGCGCGUCACAAGGGCGCCCUUCCCAAGCUCGGGAGCCGCGCGGAGCGGCCAGGAGACGCAACAAAGGCCACCAACAAGAGGAGAGCAAACGCGCCCCACAAAGGCGAGCGCAGGACGGGCGAGCGUGGUGCGCUGUCCACGGCCCUGAGGUCGGCACAGCGCCGCUUGUGCGAGAUCGGGCGGGCGCACCGCGGACCGCCCGCCGACUGCAAAGCGGCGGCCCCUUCGGUGGCGCCCGCGCGCAGGCCCGGCCACGGCUCCUCCGCCGUCACCUACAGCAAAGGCAGGGGAGUCAAGGUGGGCUACAGGCAGCAGGGCAGCUGGGGCGGGGCCAAGGGCAGGAAGAUGGUGCUGCUACGGGCCGGCAGCGGCCACACGCGCCGCCACACCAUCCACACCCCACUCAGCCCCUUCAGCAGCACGACCAGUGGAGAGGCAGGCUCAUCCGUAGCAGAGCUGAAAGGCGCAGUUGGUCCGGGGGUUGGAAUCAAAGACGCGGGCACCGAAACCCAGGACUACGAGGAAGGAAGCGGCUCCGAAAAUCCAUCGGCAGGGGUGUACCAUGCGAGGAAGGCCAUGUCGCGCCUGGCUGUGGGAGGGCCCUACACAGACAGCGAGCCUGCCGAGGCCCCUGAGAACCCGUGAUCUGCACGGCAGGUCACAUAACGGCACAGCCUCAAACACCGCCGUAGCAAUAUCGCAGAUUAUUUCAUGUUUCGAGAGGUGAAACUCAGAGACGUGGAUGUUGGAGAUAGAACCCCUUAAGCAGCUACCGACAGUCUGCAUCGUGGUGAGCCAGCUCACGUGUCAAUCUCUUUACUUUGUAGCUGGUUAGUGGUAGGCUUCCCGGGCCAGCGUUGUGAUUUUACCACCUGACAAAUGUAUUUCAUUGACCCUUUUGGAUGGUGGAGGUUAUAUGUCGACGACAUUGUAAAUUAGAUUAAUUGAUUGCAUGAGAAAUCAGUAAGGCUAAGUGCAAUUUGUCCAGAAGUUGCAUUCAAACAUAAAUAGAAACAUGCAUUUUUUUGAGAAUUGGGCUGCUAUAAAUUUCCACGUGAU